AUGACUUCAACGACAGUCACAGAGACCGGCGCUCCCGCAGGCCAAGUCAAGCUUCGGUCUGCAGAGGAUGGAGUGCUCAACUGGAACGUCCGCAAGACGGAGGGUCUGCACGUUAUUCCAUCCUUCACCGACAAGGAAGCCGAGAGGACGUGGGCGAAGCAGCACAUGGCCGCCGCCUUUCGAACGUUCGCCAGGCUUGGCUGGGCCGACGGUGCAUCGGGCCACAUCAGUCUGCGAGACCCAGUCAACCCGGACUGGUUCUGGAUCAACCCUUACGCGAAGCACUUCGCCCAGAUGAAAGCGAGUGACUUGGUGCUCGUCGACCACCACGGCCGCCCCGUGCAGCCCACGCCUCACAAGGUCAACGCCGCCGGCUUCAUCAUCCACUCCUCCAUCCACCGCGCCCGCCCAGAUAUCCAUGCCGCGUGCCACAUGCACUCCCCGGCCGGCCGAGCAUGGUCGACGUUUGGAAAGGGCAUUGAGAUGCUCAACCAGGACACUUGCAUGUUCUACAAGAACUUGGCCGUCUAUGAAGGAUUCGGUGGAAUCGUGUUGGCUGAGGAAGAGGGUCUAAGACUCGCCGGGGCACUGGGCAAGGACUGUUGGAAUUUGAUUCUUCAGAACCACGGCCUCCUGACAUGUGGCUCCACGGUGGACGAAGCCGCCGCAUAUUUCAUCGCGUUGGAACGGGCAUGUGAAAACCAGAUCCUUGCCGAGUCGGCCGCAGCAAACGGCAUCCCGAAGAAAUUCGUGGGAAAAGAAGAGGCUGAGUACACGUGCAAGUGUACAUCGACUCCAGGAUGUGUGUAUAUGCAAUUCCAGCCGGAGUAUGACUUGACGGUGGAGCUUUCCAACGGUAAAGUGUUGGAAUAG